GUUGCGCCUUCUGACAGUCUGUAAUGUCCUGCACGAGUGCGGGGAAGCAGGCCGCGCGCACUGUACAGGACCAUUCCCCGUCCAUUUCAUGAGCUGGGCACUUUCGUCGCUGGCUGUCGUCGCUGCUCCCGCUGCGGACCUUUCAGCAAUCUUUGUCUCGGCAUCUUGUCACCCGCAGACAUGCCACGAGUGAUUGAAGACAGAGUCCGCCCUUUGGGGUGGGAGACUUUCCCUGCCGAGCAGCGCUUUCCGCUCCACACUCUGGACUAUCUGUCAACAACCUGUUACAUUCCCCAUCUGUUCAUCUUCAGGCUGCCUGGCGACAAGAGGGAACAUGCCGCCACCAUCUUCAGACGAGGCCUGGAGCGGACCAUAGCCCGAGUGCCGACUUUGGUCGGGACGAUAGAGAAGGACGGUAACGGCGGACAUUCCAUUGUCGUGAAGCGCGACAGCUCCGCAUUGUAUGUCUCGCAGUAUCUCGAUGGCGCAGACGACACGUACCCGUCCAUGGAUGAGCUGGACAAGGGCAACUUCCUGGCUCCCAUCCUGGGCGACGCCCGCCUGCUGAGCAACUACCCCAUGAUCGUGGCCAACAUCCCCGAGGCGCAUCCAGACAACAGCCCGCCGAUGGUCUCGCUCAAGAUCAACUACAUUCGUGGGGGCCUCAUCAUUACGCUCGCCACGCACCACUACUGGAACAGUCUCAGUGGCAUGCUCUCGUUCAACGAGCUCCUCAGUGCAAACUGCCGCCACGAAGCAUAUGGCACGCCCCUUCCGACCUUUGAUCCUGUGGCUCUCGACCGCACGACCAUCGACCGCUAUGCCCUCGAGCAGCUCCCAGCUCCAUCGGAAGCCGACAUGAUCACCGCUCCGCCGCGCAGCCCCGGGCGCAACGCGGCCUUCCGCCCGUCCUGCUCCGCCAUGUUCCACCUGCCCAAAUCCCGCGGCGCCCAGCUCAAGGCCCUCGCCACUCCCGAGGAGGGCUGGAUCUCCACCUACGACGCAGUGUGCGGCCUGCUCUGGCGCGUGCUCAGCCGGCUCCGCGAGCCCGUCUACUCGCCGGGUUGGGACUCGCUGCCAGUCUGGGCCCAGAGCGUCUCGUUCCACCGCAUCUUUAAGAACCCGCCCCUGCCCGCGCAGCUCCAGGGCAACCUGCACCUCGACGUCAACUCGCUCAUGCCCGGGUUCCCUGCGCUGACGCUGCGCGAGGUCGUCCACACCGCGCCCCUGAGCAGGCUCGCCACCUACAUGCGGCACAUGACGGACGGGGUCGACGUCAAGAUGCUCGCCGACGAGCUCCAGCGGCACCGCGGCGUGCGCAACAAGGCCGACCUCUCCAUCAACGUCGAUCUGUACCCGCCCCUGGCCAACCUGGUCAGCGACUGGCGCGCCGCAGACUACUGCAGCAUGGACUUUGGGUUCGGCAAGCCCGUCGCGUGGAGGGUGCUCAUGGGCAGGGUCGCGCUGAGCCAGAUCUGUGUUUAUGCGCCGCGGCACGGGCCCGCGGGCGCGGACGAGGGCAUGGAGGUCUUGCUGACGGUGGAGAAGGAAUUGCUGCCGAGACUGCUGGGCGACGAGGAGUGGACGCGGUUCUUUGAGUACAGAGGCCUGGAUGCCUGGGAGGGGGAGAGGCCGAGCGAGGUUCCUGAGCGUGGACAGGGCGCAGUGAAGUCGAAGCUGUAGGUUCAUCACGAUUCACUCGGUUCACUCUCUAUCUCUUCGUGGACAUCCUUUGUCGUGAUGGAUCAACAAAAUGCCUACAUCUUUGUUCAAUUGAUCUCGCGAUGAAAUAAAACGGUUCAUUUGGGUUUGUUCCUACUCCCCGACGAGAACAAAAUGCGUCACAAGGCAUUCGCUUGGAUGUGAACAAAGUCUUGCCGAUAAUUUUGGCCAACUCCGUGAUCGGGGGCCAGAACGGAAUAGUUCUGUCCCGUCCACCCUACAACCGAGGUUCAACAAUAGCGGGCAGGACACCGG